GAUAAUGUAAGUGACAUAUUUCUCAAAAUUCAACAUUUUGAUACACGAGAAAAUUAAUUUGGCUUUAAGAAAACAUCCACAGCAAUUCUGUUUUACUCUUGGGGUAAGCGCAGUCAACACGUAUGUUGCAAAGACAUGCAAUCCAACUGCGUAACAAAUACAUUGAGCACUCAGCUCUUACUAUUUUCAGUGCCGCUGCCCAGUUGUAGCCUAAAUGAUUCUUAAUUAGCAAAGCACUAUUAAAACACAGUCAGCACAGCCAGUGUUUAUUGCCUUGCCAUUUUAUGCAGAUACUUUGAAUACCUGAAGCUACCUGCUUGGGAUGGCCAAGGUAAUGCAAGGCGGAUCAGCGUUGGCCCAACGAAUAAGUCGAUUACCUGGGGGUGGGCCACCAAACAGCUGUCAAUGCCGCAACGAUGAUGACCUGACCACACGUCUUAAUAUACCUGCUCCCAAUGGCGAUAAGCGCACAGUUUGCAUCGUUUUUGAUGAGCUAGAUCCAAUUGCAGCUCUGGAGAAAAGCUAUGAUUUAUCAGCGGAGUUCGCAUCGAGGGAAACCAUAUUUGUACAGCACACUGGCACUCAGACAGAUAGUAUCACAUUCACAAACUCAAUUAUUAUCCUUGAACAAAAUUCGUUAGAAGACGAAGAUGGCAGAUCUGAAUUAUAUCCAAAUGUUGCCACACAGACAAGCUAUCGUGAAAUGAUGAUGACCACGAUAAAUGGCAAUGAAAAACAAGAAACGCCGUCCUCUACGGUAAAGCGAGACUCUACAAAAUCGUCUGCCAACUUCCAAAUGUAUGACAAAUCGGAGAUUCUGAACAGACCAAUAAAGAAAACUGAUGUAAAACUGAAGGAAACCCCCGUUGUAUCUUCCAAAUUAAGGGGGAUCGGUUCGAAUCAUCCGAAUUUCUUGCUGAAUAAAGGCUUUUGGAGACGAAGUUUAGUCAGUGAGUAUCCAAAAAUAACAGUAAACUCCACCAAGACAGAAGAAGACAAAAUCAUAGAGCUACAAACUCGUGAAAUGCAAACACAAUGUGAAUUAGAACAGGAUGAUAAAAUCUGCAAAAAGUGUGAGUUUAUACCAAUGUUGGGAAGCGAACUAAGCUUAUUGCGUUAUAAAUUACAAAGACUGGAGGCACACGUGGACCAUCUGCAAGAGAGCAUCAACGUGCUUAACAAAGAGCAGGAUAUUAAAGACCAUGGUCAGAAACAAUCUGAAAUGAAACCUAAUAACAAGGACUCAUCUGGAUUGGUUGUAAUUUGUACUGCCAGCAACUCGCCCGUAUCAGUCCAGAACCGAACUGGUUUGGACAUAUUUAGGAUCCCGAAGCAACCGCAUCUAGAAACCUCCUCCUCCAUUACGAAGAGAGAACUUAAUAGGUUUGCUUCUAUUCCUAAUCCGGACAGUCAAAAAGAAAGCGCAUCAACUGAGUCGUUUAAGCCCUGUACUUGUAAUCAAAUCAAAUCGAAUGGCUAUUCUUAUUGUAAGAGUGUGGCUACCCAAGUUGGCCAAAGAAGCCCAAUACUUAGUAGUGAGAAUGAACUUGAAGUCCAGCCAAAUUUCGAUCAUCAGCUAGAGCGCCAGCCGUCCAGUGUGUGCCAGUUCUGCUCGGGUAAAGAGCAGUCAGUGUCGAAUGAUCUAACUUGUGAGCUGCUCCAACUGAUUGAGAAACGGCCUUUUAAGGAUAUCAUGCUCUCCAUCCUACUCCGGGCCGACAAUGUCUAUCACGUGAAAGUGCAGUUGCUGGAAUCAAACCGUGUGCUCGGCUGCUUUCUGGUUAGCCAUGCUGCCAUCGAGGAGGCCAUAACUCAGGGAAUUUUCAAGGAAAUUCUGACCUACUCUAUUAUUGAUGUGCGCAACACGAUCAAACCAAUUGGUCGUCCUUUUGGCAUACCAUUUGAAUUUGUGGCGAAACCUCGGGAAACUCUACAAAACGCUGCAGGAACUGCCAGAAGCGUCAAAAGUCAGGAUAGAGGGAUAGAUCAAUUUAUAACUAAUGUCCUUGGACUGCGAGCGGAUGAACUUAAAAAGAACCCCAAGAAAAUGAACUUAAUUGCGUGUGGCGAGGAGUAAGUUACCUUAAAUUAAACUCAUAAAAUGCAGAUAAUUAAUAUAAAACUAAAUGCAUAUGUGUAACAUUUUGGUAAAAAAAUAAAAUAAAAGUUGUAUUAUAUUUCAAGAGCCAAAAA